AUGGCGUUUGCUGGGACAAAUAUCAGUUUGUCCCAGCCGGAUAUCACGCAGAAACUAACGGAGCGCAUAGACGACCUGAAGCAAAAGAUCGCUGCUUGGGGGAAGCGGAUUCGACGAUUUUCCGAGGGGUCAAGGCGGUUCAACCAGAAUCGUCUCUUCCAGAGUGAUCAGAAGAGGCUCUAUAAAUUAUUGGAGCGACCAAAGGUAUGUGGAGCGGGCCAAGGACCGGAUCAGGCUGACAUUAUCGCAUUCUGGCGUGGCCUGUGGUCAGAGCCCGUAAACCACAGUGAGGGCCCUUGGAUGGAAGUUGUGGCGAGCCAGGGUGCGAGUGUUAAGCCUAUGGACCCCAUCACCAUAACGCCAGAAGACGUGGCUGAGGCGGUCCGUAGGGCCCCGAACUGGAAAAGUCCGGGGCUCGACGGGCUGCAUCAUUACUGGCUGAAGGGGUUCGUAGUGUGUCACGCUGUGCUCGCUCGACAGUUUCAAGAAGCUCUCGAUCAGAAGUCAAUCCCGAGCCUCUUCACUACUGGGAUCACUCACUUGGUUCCUAAAGAUCAGGAUACCACAGACCCGAGCAAAUACCGCCCCAUCACGUGUCUACCCACCAUAUAUAAGACACUGACAUCCAUUUUGAGCGCGUGA